CCCCGGACUGACGUCAUCUGGGGAGGGAAGCUCCGGGACUGGAAAAAAUGGCUAAGACCGGAUUAGAAAACGUAUUUCCGGGGCGUCCUAAAAGAAGGAAGUGUCAGAACGUGAAGGCUGCAAUAGCUGUCGGGUGAGAGGCUCGGCAGAAUGGUGGCCACCAGAUCGAUGAGGCCGGAGCGGCCUCUGCCGAGGCGAAAUAAGAUAGAUGAAUCUCCGGGGAGCAGGAGUUCCCCUUCCCCCCGAGCAAGGAGGAAUAAAAGCAAACAGCCAGAAGACAUGAAGGGCUUGAAGGCUGACGACUUCAAUGAUGCUGACAGCGGACCCCUCCUGCAGGAUCCUCCCACAGUCAAGGCAGCGAGGAGUCGAAGUAGGAGCGCCCUAGCACAGACCAUUGAACCGGCUACAGACGGAGAGGUCUCGGAAGCCGAGUCCACCUGUUCUUAUGCCUCCGGACUACAGGAACCAACCGUGAGGGUGACGAGAAGAAGGCGCAUCAUAAUUCCCUGCCAGCCAGAAUCCAAAGCCAGGGGUAGACCUAGGACUUGCCGAAGCGAGUCCAUCAAAUCUGGAGACGAAGGUGAAGUUUCUGAAGCCGAGUCCUGCUCCUCGGUUCUUUCCGCCCUUUUGGCAUCUCCUGUUAGAACCAGAAGGGGCAGGCAGAGAGAGUCUAAAUUCCAUUUGGAUCCCAAUUCUGCUUUAUUGGCUGAAGAAACUUCUGAUGCAGAGUCUUGGUGCUCAGGUGUUUCUGUUGGAAGCCGAAGAUCAACAAGGAACAGACAGAGGAAAUUAAAGGAGGAAGCUGAUGAACAAGCUGCUGAGGUGCAAGAGCGACCAGAAAAUGUCAACCAGAAUGUACAUCUAGUUCCUUCCCAAUUAGGAAGCAUCUCUGAAUCCAGAUGUGAGAAUACUCAGGAUUUAGAUGCUGAACAGACUGCACCUUCUCCAGAAAAUAGCCCCAAUCAAUUUAAAGGUGAAAGUCAGGUAUUGGGUGAUAAAUCCUUAGUGAAAAGGUCAGAAGAAGAAACAGAAGUACCAACAAGAAGGAAGAAAGGUGCCACUGCAAAAGAGUCUUCAGAAGAAGAGAAUUUAAACAAGGAGCCUUAUACAUUGGAAGAGGAAAAAGAAACAAGUUGUGAAGAACUUCAGCAAAGCAGCUUUGAAAAAAAAUGUACUUAUUUUUCAACACCAGAGCAGACCAAACCAGAACAUCAAAAAACAGGUACCAACAACAGGCUCAGAAAAGCUUGUGUUUUUUCACUUGAAUGUGAGGGGAGUGAACAGAACGAAGAGGCAGAGGGAAUUGAUGAUGCUACAGAAAUUACUGAAGAUGAGAACAGUGACCGAAACAUCAGUGUCAUUGAAGAUACUGACAACAAAAAAGAACAUUUAGAAGGUAAUGACGUGGCAAGUCACAGUAAUUCUAUCCUGUUAGUACUCAGCAGUGAUGAGGAGCAGGUAUCUGAAGAUAGUGAGACUGAAGAAGAUACAUUGUGUUUCAUUGACAGUAGUGAUCAAAACAUUUCAUCAGAAAAAGAUCCAGGAGAUGCCCCAUCAAAUGAUGUAAUCUUCGUCAUUGAUAAAACCCCUGGAUUGAGUUCUGAUAAGAAUUAUUACAUAGAGGAAGAAAAAACAAGUGAAGUAGUCAGUGAGCAGGAAGAUGAUGAAGACGACAUUGAAGAGGAGGAACCUAUAGACCAGGAAGAAAAUGAAGAGGAGUUCAUAGAUGAAGAUGACAUAUUAAGUAACACCAAGUCAAACCUCUUGAAGUUAUCAAGUAGCAGUAUAGACCCUGGUCUGAGUAUUAAGGAACUUGGAGGCUUGUAUAUUAACUUUAAUGCAGAAAAAAUGGACUUUAACAAAAAUGCCCUUACACAAAUAAAGGAGAAAAACAAAAAGGAGCUCUUGCAGAAAAGCAUAAUUACUCCAGAUUUUGAAAAGAAGGAUUGCAUCCCGCCAUACCAGGAAUCACAAUUUCAACUUAAGAAAAAACGCAGAGAGGAACGGAGAAAAACAGCAGGAGAUGGCUGGUUUGGUAUGAAAGCCCCCGAAUUGACAACGGAACAGAAUGACCUCAAAGCACUACAGAUGAGAGCCAGUAUGGACCCUAAAAGGUUUUAUAAGAAAAAUGAUAGAGAUGGUUUCCCUAAAUACUUCCAGGUUGGAACAAUUGCUGAUAAUCCUGCUGACUUCUAUCAUUCGAGAAUUCCUAAGAAGCAGAGGAAAAGAACAAUUGUGGAAGAAUUGCUGGCUGAUUCUGAAUUCAGAAGGUACAACAAAAGGAAGUAUAGCGAGAUCAAUGAUGGAAAAGCCGCUAAUGCAGCUGGCAAGAAGUUUCGGAAGAAGAAGAAAUUUCGAAACUAAGAUUUAGUUACCUAAACAUACCCUCAAGAUUUUUCUUUUCAUCUUCAUUUUUCCUUUGUUCACUAAAGAUGUAUUGAAGGCUGCUGGUGUCAUAUGAAUAAUGUAUCUAUAAGUGCUGGCCCCACUUAUAUAGCUUGUCUCCUGGGAAAAGUUAUUUAAGAAAGAAUCGGGGGCAGCCU